CUUCGGAUAUGGCCGCUGUAUCGGCAAUACGACAUCUGCAAUGUUUUGUAAAUUCAUUUUUAUAAAAUGAAUAAGGUGUUUUUUACUUAUGUAUAGUGAUUAGCGGACCGUGUACAGUGCUGUGAUAUUUGUAAUGGAUGCAGAGAACGAGUACGAAAUAAAGAAAGUUCGUGAUGCCAUACAAACGAUAGAGACUAUCCAGUCCAUGAUCGACGUUUCAGCUGAAAGACUUGAGGGUUUGCGGACACAAUGCUCGACGAGCGCAGAGCUGACGCAGCAGGAGAUCCGGACCCUGGAGGGCAAGCUGGUGAAACACUUCUCCCGACAGCUGGUAAUCAAGGCCAGCUUCGGUGAGGAGUUGCGGCGUAAGCUCGGCGAUGUGCCGCGACUUGCACAAUGGCUGAGGGUUGUAGGAUUAAGCCCCGAUUCUAUUACGGCGGUAUGUUCUCGCGUGGCGUCGUUGGAGACGCUGCGGGAACGCUCCGACCACGAGAUGCGCGCGCUGCUGGCCGGCGCGCGCGACGAGGAGGUCCUGCGACUCUGCCGGGCCAUGCAACGGCUCCGGACUUAUAUAGAGGCGUUGGGUCGCGGCGACGCUGGCGCUGAGCUUCAGUUGUUCUGGGACUCGUGGGAGCGCACCGUGCGCGCCUCGCCCCGCGCCCCGCGCGCGCGACACGCCAACGCUGACCACCACGGCACGCCUCAUAACAAGAAAGGUGGCAAAUCUCCCCCCACUCCAGUAGCGAAGCGGAAACAACCGAGUACCCUCCCCCCUCCAGCGGCGCUCACCAAGUCAAGGUCGCACGAGUCACAGCUCUCUGUGAGACCUGACGCUUCAGACCUUAGUGACAACAGCCAGUCGUCGGCAGUGGGUACGUCGGAGGUGACGCCCCCCGCGUCCCCGCACGACACCGAGUCCGACCACACGCCGCUACACCGGCCCCUGCCCUACCACAACAAUAACACGGGAGUGGGCGUCGCGCCGCGUUCCCCUCGCACGCCGACGGUGAGUCGUUGCAUGGCGCACGACAUCGCCCAUCGCUUCACCAAAACCAUGUUGAUCGCCACCUGUGAUUACUGCGACAAACAAAUGUUCGGCUCCGGACUCAAGUGUAAGGAGUGCAAGUUUAAAUGUCACAGAGACUGCGAAAGUAAAGUACCUCCUUCGUGCGGCCUACCGCCUGAAUUUGUGGAUGUUUUCAAAGAAAAGUUUCACAAAGAUGGCGGGUACUACGGGUACGUGUCGGGUCGCGGCGCGGGCAUCCUGUCGUCGCUGACGCACCGCCGCAGGACGCACGCCCCGCCCGCACCACACCAUGCGGGCGGACCAGACUCCUCGUCGAACACGUCGUCGUGCAACAGUUCGACCCCGUCGUCCCCCGCGCUAGCCCCGCCUCUGACCCCGCACCACCCCCACCACCACCAGCACCACCCCCACCACACGCACCACCCCCACCAUCCGCACCAUCCGCCCACCACAAAGCAGCAGUUUCAUUUCCCAGAACUGAAGCCAGUGGUAUCUAGUCCUAACCACGUGUCGGUUCAGUCGCCGUCGAGGCAGCAAGACAACAAGGAAGACCUCACUACUAGCGUGCAAAGCGGCGACAGUUCCCGAUGCGUGUCAUUAUCAGGCUCGGGCUCCACGGACAGUGGGGGCUGUCAGCGGGGGGACUCCUUCGACCUCUCCAACAAGCAUGGAGACUCCCGGUGGCCACGUCAGAAUAGUUUAUCAAUGAAAGAAUGGGACAUCCCAUACGACGAGUUGAAGCUGUUUGAAGUUAUAGGCACGGGUCGCUUCGGUACUGUCUACCGCGGCAGCUGGCACGGGGCCGUCGCCGUCAAACUACUACACGUGCUCAGCGACGACUGUGUACCGCUGGAUACCUUUAAACAUGAGGUGGCGACCUUCCGUAAGACUCGGCAUGAGAACUUAGUCCUGUUCAUGGGAGCGUGCAUGAAGCCGCCUCGCCUGGCCAUCGUGACGUCACUGUGCAAGGGCAUGACCCUGUACACACACAUCCAUCUCCGCAAGGACAAGUUCACCGCCAACAAGAGCGUACUCGUCGCACAGCAGAUAUCACAGGGUAUGGGCUACUUGCACGCGCGAGGGAUCAUCCACAAAGACCUGAAGACAAAGAACAUUUUCUUAGAGAAUGGCAAAGUAGUGAUCACUGACUUUGGGCUCUUCAGCGUUACCAAACUGUGCUUUGGAAACAAGUUAGUACAAAGCCUGCGCGGCGACAGCCUGGGCAUCCCGGCGGGCUGGCUGUGCUACCUGGCGCCCGAGCUCUGCCGCGCCCUCACGCCGCACGCCUCGCUGCAUCUGCCCUUCUCCAAGGCCACCGACGUAUACGCAUUCGGCACGGUAUGGUACGAGUUGUUGUGCGGAGAGUAUCCAUUUAAGAGUCAGCCGCCGGAGGCAGUCAUCUGGCAGGUCGGGAAGGGUGUCAAGCAAUCGUUAGCCAAUAUGCAAGCUUCUAGAGAUAUUAAGGACAUUCUAAUGCUAUGCUGGUCGUACCGGUCGUCGGAGCGGCCCGACUUCCCCCACCUGCUGACGACGCUGCAGAAGCUCCCCCGCAAGCGCCUGGCGCGGUCCCCGUCGCAUCCGGUACAUCUCUCGCGCUCCGCAGACUCCGUGUUCUGAGAGCGGCUCGGGGCACUCUGCGUGCGGCCCUAGCACUGAGAUUGGAGCCUCGGUCCAUGGCCAGUGUGGUACCGUUGUUUCUCAUGUAAUUAACGAAAUAUACUCCAUAUUGCUCGUCUAAUGUAUAUCAAAGUGUAGAUAAAACUACAAAAUACUACAUGGUUCAAGUUUAAGCUUUCAAUUUGAGUUUUCAAUUUGAAUGAAUAGGCAGAAAUUCUCCAUACACAACCAGCGGUAUGGCAGACAUGGUCUUCCAACCUGGUCUUAUAACACCAACCAACUUCCAAAACUUCCAAUUUCUGUAUUAAAAUUAUUAAUGUUUUAUGACGUGUUAAAAGCCCAACAACAUCUUAGAUUUUUCUUAGUGAAAGAUCAGAAUAAAUAUACCAAAAUGACUAAAAAUAAACAUAUGAAUAACGUUUUUCAACUCCUUUGAUCUAAAGUGCAAUGAGGACAAUGGAACCACUCUAGCUAACCGACCUCUCAAGUAUUCGCUCACUGAAUCUCGUAAAUCGACGAAAUAAAUAUAACUAUUUAAAACUAUAUUUAUAUUUUGAAUUGUCAAAAAUAUUACUUUAUUUUCAAUUAGUUGAGAGAAUAGUUUCUAUAUUAAAAUCAGAUACAUAUUUAUUUUCAUGUUAAUUUGAAUGUUAAGGUUUCAUUACGAACUCAUGAGAAUCAAUUUUAGUAUUGACAAUAGAGCAUUCGGAAUAAAUGACAUUAGUGUUUCACCAUCCAUUAUUUCAGGGACAAACAAACAAAUAACUCGAAUACUAUCAUCGAAUACUGAUCACAAUCUGUGUAAAACCAAUCUUACGACAUACAGAAACUGUUCUCUCAAUAAAUUAAUUUAAAAAGUUAUAUUUCAGUAUAACACAACAAACGGGUUUUCGAUACUUAGUAUAGAAAAAACAUUUAUAAAUAAAAAUGUAAAAUAUGUUAAUAACGUCUAUUGUAAGUAUAUCUUGAUCUCUGAAUAAUCAAUAGAAUAAAUUAUAUUUUCGUAAUUAAAAUAAUAAUUAAAUCAUGGAAAAAAUGAAAAAAAAAAGUGAAAAAUGACUGCUUUGUUGAUAGAUUGUAAAUAUAUGUACAGUGUUACGAUUUUGCUGUGAUCGACGAAUCGACUGUUCUUAAGUGACAAAGGCCAUGUUUCGAGUCAGAAAAUCAAAUAAUCAGUUACUUUUUAAAGCUCAAUGGGGCUUAAAUUAUUUCAAUAGACAUUACUCUGUUCUCUUAAUAGAAAAUUAAAAUGGUUUUUUGUUCCUUAGGGCAAUCGAUAUGAAUGCACUGAUCUUUUUACAUAAAUUGUAUAUUCACCACGAGAAAGCCUUAAUCAUCAAAUUAAUUACUUGGUAUAUUAAGAAAUAUUAUCAAUUUUAACUUAUAUGUAUAAGGUUUAACCCAAAUUCAAAAGUAGUUAAAAGAUUUUUCCUAGACUUGAAAUUAUUGCCUAACAUCUGAUAGCCAAAAAUUUGGGAAACAAAGGUCAGUGUAUUCAACAUUAAUCUUUCUAAACUAGGCUAAGAGUUGACAUAUUUCAUACCUACUACAUUAUUUUUACAGGUUUUCUUAAUAAAACGUAUUAUAAUAGUCCCCUUGAAAUACGACACGAAUUUAUUUGAUAUUACAUAGUAUAACGGCAGUUUCUUUUAAUGUUAAACGCAAAAUUAUAAUACAAGUUAUUGAGAAUAUUGCAGGCAGUGCAAAAAAGCCUGGUUUCAAAAAAAGAGCAGAGAGAAUACAAAUUAUAUGACUGUACUUUAAAUUUUUUUCAAUUUUAGCCCUCAAUAUUCUCUAUAACUAUAGAUAACGAAAUAUGUUUUGUAAAUAAAAGAAUUAUAACAUUCCUUUUUGUAGGUUGUUGAAGUUUAAAACUUGAUAGUUACUAUUCAAGCUGUAGUUCAUCAGUUUGUAUCUUUUUAAAAGUUACCACUUUCUUAUAUCGUUGCUAAGAGGCUUAUCGUUAGUCUAGGCUGAAAUACAGGCGAUGUUUAUACUUUUGGCAGGUACAAAUGUGACUGGAUGCAGUCAAAACAUCUUCCAAAGUUACUUAGGGCCUGCCCUUAUCCUAAAACUUGGGGUAAUCAUGUCAAUUUCUUCCAUGUCUAUCAAACGCCGUCCUACUAUGGUACUACAGUAGAGACUUCUCUAAUCUCAGUGAUUGCAAAUAAAAACUUUUAAGUAGCCAAUUCUAGUCACAUUUAAACCUGUUACAAAAAGUUCGUCAUCAAGUCAUCAAUUAGCAAAAAUGUAUCAUUUAAAAUGAAAAAAAAAAGAAAAAAUAACAGCUCAUUAUUUUAUUGUUUACUAAAUUAUUGUUAUUAAAGGAAAAUUGUUCUGGUCAGUCGACUCCUAUUACGAUAGUUUGUAAAAUAAUGCGCUGACGUCGCGCAGUGUACAUAGGAAAACGCGGGACGUCCGACAUCUUGUAAUAUAUAUUUAUUAGAAGAGAACAAUGGUUGGAAUGCAGACAGAUGUAGUUAUACAUUAUGUAUUGAGAUUUGAAACGAUUAGGUUAGUUGCAUUUGCCAAAAUAAAUUUCCGAAUCACUGUU